UAAUUACUUACUAAACCAUAUUGACAAUUGACUAGUUUUACAAAUACUGCCUUUCCUAAUAAAAUACUACGGCCGACAUAUUUGUAUAAAAUUUUUACCGACAUUUUGACAAAACCUAAAAAAUGUUGCCAAUAAUACUGUGCCUGGUCACAUUGAAUCUAGUCAAUUGUGAACAGCAAGAAACAACGCCAUUGCCAACACACCAGUUCCCAUGCGGGCGAAUAAUACCGGCCAUCGGAAUGGGAACGUACGGCUGGGGCACAGAAAUGCGCGCAUUCAACUCGUUCGUGUCGGCCAUAGACAACGGCUACCGCGUGUUCGACACGGCCAGCAUAUACGACAACAAAAUGGCCCUGGGGCUGGCCAUCAGGCAACAGAUCCAGGCCAAAAAGGUGAUCAGAAAGGACCUGUUUGUCAUCAGCAAAGUGUGGAAUACUUUCCACCAGAGAGAGGACGUGAUUACCAACAUCAAAAAGGACCUGCGUGAUCUAGGCUUAGAGUUUCUAGAUGCUGGCCUGUUGCAUUACCCCACAUCGUUUUUGCCCAAUAGCGGACUUAUGCCCAAAUACGAUAACGGCACUUUUAUCCCGAUGUACUGGGAUAAGGACCGUGGUUAUUUGGAGGCUUAUAGGGGUUUGGAGGCGGCGUUUAUGUUGGGUCUGAUCGGUCACAUCGGUGUGUCAAACGUGAACGAGCAUCAAAUCCGUAAGAUAUUUGACAUAGCGUUUGUGCGUCCGGUUAUACUCGAGAUUGAGUGCAACCCAUUUUACCGUAAUGAAAAAUUGUUUCAAUUCGGCCUGGCCAACAACAUGACCGUAUUCUGUUACGCCCCGUUGCGAUCGGGCAAAGCUGACUUGGAACACAACCAGGUGCUUAAGGAUAUAGCCACUAAACACAAACACAGUGUCCAACAAGUGACCCUGCGCUGGAAUAUGCAACGUGGUGCCGUGGUUAUACCUAGGUCCCAUGAUAAAAAUCACCAGCUGGAAAAUUUAAAGUCGCUCGAUCUUGCCCUAGAUGACGCGGAUAUGGCUCAGAUUAAUAAUAUUACCCAGCUGCCCAAAGUGAUGGACAUCAAGGGCAUUCAAAGUCACCCGGAUUAUCCAUUUGGCAAAGAAAAUGAAUGA